AAAGAGGCUCGGCAGUUAUCCUGUUAAGGGGAAGGCAAUGAAAACGUUAUGGUAGAAUGCAGGCGCCAUGGAGAGCUUGAAAAGCCUUGAACACUUCUGCACUGUGACAACGCUUUGCUUGGGCUAGAUUUGGAGACAUGGUGGGUUCAACUCAAAAUGACCUCUAAUUAAGCGAAUGACAUGAGCUUUCACCCAACAGAAUCAUUUACUUUUUGCUGCGGCUUUUGUAGUGUUUCAACUAAGGGAGGCAGUCUCUCUGGCUCACCAUCAUGAUCUUCGUCUUUUAAGGAGGAUUGGAUUUGAUCUGUGAGGUGAAGAAGGCAGUCCGUACGGGAUUCGUUGUGGAAUAAUUUAGUAAAAAGGUUUUGGUAGUUACGGGAGUGAGAGUAUCUUGAAUUUGAAUUGGUGUGUUGUGUGUGGUGGUUUUCUAAUGGCGUCGUCUCUGAUUCUGAAUCCUGUGACGAGUUCUGAACGAUCGCGUGAUUCUUCAAGAAAGAAGAAGAAGAAGAAAGCGACAAGAGAAGAUGAUCGUCAAGAUCAGGAUCAAAUCAAAUGGAAAUCACAAGCUCAACAUCAAGUUUACUCUUCGAAGCUGUUGCGCGCUUUGAGUCAGGUCAGGAUCAGUUCUCCUGAGCCAACACCAAACGAAACGCCUCGGCGUGGCCGAGCGGUGCGGGAGGCAUCCGAUACUGUUUUAGCCAUGACGGCGAAAGGAAGAAGUAGGUGGAGCAGAGCAAUCUUAACGAACCGUCUCAAGCUCAAGUUUCGAAAACACAAUAAACAGAAAGCGCGUGUGAUCGGAAACAGCCGUACGAAGAAGCCGAGUGUUAGCGUGUUACGGUUGAGAGGAAAAGGACUACCAACUGUACAGAGAAAAGUCCGGCUUCUCGGCCGACUAGUUCCCGGCUGCCGGAAACAACCGCUGCCGGUGAUUCUAGAUGAAGUAACCGAUUAUAUUCCAGCUCUAGAGAUGCAGAUCCGAGUCAUGAGCGCCAUAGUCAACUUGGUUUCAAGCUCCUCUUCAUCUUCUACUGGUAUCGAUUCUUCUAUCCCUCCAUCUUCUACCUGAUUAAACACACACUUUUUCUGAUCAAUUCUCUUCCCAAGAAGAAAUCCAUUUUCUUCCCCCUCUCUGCUUCUCUUCUGCCAGUAAUUUCUUGUCAAAUAUAUAUAUAUAUAUAAAUCUAUAUAUAUUAUAUCGAUUUCUUGUAUUUGCUGCAUGCAAUUACAAUUUUAGUAUGGGAAUCUGGAUAAAAUGUAAAUUCAGAUGACGUUCAAGAAAAAGAGAUGAGUCUCCGGUGAAAUUGAGGUGUGUUUAUGUUUUAGAUUCCUUACUCAUGAAGAAAGUUUUUUAUUGAUCAAACUAUCGCUUUAUUAUUUAUUCUCAUAAAAUCCUUUUUCUCGUUUACAUUA